CCUCUCUCGUCGCCAGUCGCUCUCGCUCUCUGCCUCCCGGCUCCCACUCUCGCUCUCCGGCCUCCGCCCUUCGCCACUCGCCCGUUGCCCUCUCUCUUGUGUUUACUGUUGAGCCAUUGAGCCUAGGUACAGGAAAAGAGGUAGAGGAAAGUAAUUUGCUGCAGAAAUUAUCAGAAGCUUGCAUUGUUGAUUUCUCUUAGAUUGACUCUUCAACUGCACAAGACCGGCCCUGACUUCGGCUAUCAUACUCUCUCAGUCACGCUCUCGAUCUUUCAUUCAGGAAACAGAAUGCUUGAUGAUAAGAAAGUGAUCGGUCUGUCAUGGGAACCAAAGCUACCUUCUCUUUUAUUUGGAAACAGAAUGCUUGAAGAUAAGAAAGUGAUCGGUCUGUCAUGGGAACCAAAGCUACCUUCUCUUUUAUUUGGUACAAAAGGUGGGUCGAAUGCCAAGUCUCAAAAUGUAUCAGAAAGUAGUCUGGUAUAUAAGCCCAAGUCAGAGCUCAUUGAUGGGCUUUUCGUUCCACCUCACGAUCCCAAAAAGGUAAACAAAUUACUGAAGAAGCAAGUCAAAGACACAACUGGAAAGAAUUGGUUUGAUAUGCCUGCUCCUACACUCACGCCUGAGUUGAAAAAAGAUCUUAAGCUGCUGAAGUUGCGAAACGUGAUUGAUCCAAAGAGGCAUUAUAAGAAGGGUGACUCCAAAUUAAACAUAUUCCCAAAAUAUUUCCAGGUUGGAACGGUUGUGGAGCCAGUAUCAGAGUAUUUCACCAGUAGACUUACAAAGAAAGAAAGGAAACCAACUCUUGCUGAUGAGCUAUUAUCUGAUCAGUCACUCAAGGUUUACAGGAAGCGGAAGGUCCGAGAGAUUGAAGAGAAAAACCAGCCAGGCGGGGUUGAUAAAUGGAAGAUCAAAGGUAAAAGCUCGUGGAAACGUGCAAAGCAAAGGAGGCAUUGAGUUGUGGAAUUUAAAGUCAUGUAGCCAGAUUACAGAAGUCCUGUUUAAUUCCUCAAAGUUUUGAUCACAUUUUUAUGGAAUUUUGUCAAAAGUUGUUGGAUUAGAUGAGGUUGUAUCCUAAGUUUUGAUUUGUGUUGAAAGGGUGCAAUGCAAGAGAUGAAGUUUUUUUUUUGGAUUAA